CCAAUGGCUCUUUCCUGGACAGUUAUAAUGCGCGGCGUAGAGUACAUAGUAUGGAAUGCCAUCCCCAAUCGUCUGUCAUACUGCGGUCUUGACUGCUCAUGCUCAUUUUGCAGCAACAAUCCGCUUCUUUUCUCUUUGCUGCAACCAUUCCUUUUUUUUUUCUUUGUGUUAUUCUAUCACUUUUUCUUUCAUUCUCUCUUUCAAGCGCCUUAUCUACAGCACUGAUGGCAAAUUGAUAUCUGCUUUCAGAACAGGAAACAAUAUACACGCAACUCGAUUGACUUCAAUAGGUUCGAUCAAAUCCCGAGUGUUGACGGUUUUAUGACUAUAUUGCAUCUACAAGCAGCGAGGGGCUUCUGCAGACCUAUACAGAUAUUUAUGCUUUCAGACAGAAGAAUAGCACCAUAACUUCUUUGGCUGAAAGUGCAGCAGAAAUAUCCGGAAAAGGGAUAUGGGCUGGCCUGAAGUGGCUUGCGGCU